UCAGCAUGCCUUCACCUUCAUGCUGAUCGUAGCCGGACUCUCUCCUUCUAAUGAUUGCGCACAUGUUUAUACAAACACUCCCAAAAGAUGUUCGUAUAUCAAACAAGAAGAACGAAUAUCCUGAAGAUUACUGUUUCCAUUUUCAGUUAAAUCUUCGUCUUUCUUCCCGUUCUUCCUCCAGUUGCAGAGCUUAAUCUAAUUUAUCCGCUGUUCUUCUGCGUUCUUGUACUGGUUUCAGUCAUUCUGUUCGCUCUCCAAUCGGAAGAAUCUAUUUUUUUUUUUUUUUGUGGUUCUGUAGGUUAUAAUUAUGCGAGUUUUUUAGUGAAGCAAAUGGAAACGGACUUUCUUGAUACGCUUUUGAAUACAAAAUUCUUCACUUCUUGCAAUCUUCAUCCUAGUCUCCAGACAUAUAAAUUCUGCAUUGAUUGUAAUGUUAGCUUCUGCACGAAUUGUACAGUCCAUAAUCUUCAUCGGCAGGUUCGUAUCUGGAGAUAUUCCUAUCAUGAUGUUGUGCGCGUUCAGGACAUGAAGAAUCACUUUUGCUGUGCAGAGAUUCAGCCCCCAAUUGCUUGAUUCUGCAGUCAUAUCGAGUCAAUGGUGAAAUAGCUGUUCAUCUAAACUCCCGUGGUCAACCCGUCGACACCAAAUCAACAAAGCCGAAGUUUGGUGAUUUUUGUGAAGAUUGUGGCAGAAGUGUAAAUGAUCCUCAUCCCUUCUGUUCCAUGGCUGCAAGGUUUCUGUGAACUCGAAGUUCAAGGAACAGAGCAUUGGAACCAUCAUAUAUACGAGCCCGGAAUCCAUUAACUUAUCAUUCAAGGAAAAAAGCAGCCCAGAAACAGAAGCAUGGGAAUUGGAAUCAACCAUAUCAGUUUUGCAGAGUCCACAGAAGAGACCCAAGCUACCUCUUCAUCUUUAAGGCCAAGAAAACGCAGAAGGAAAGGCAUCCCUCGCAGGUGUCCAUUUUUUUGACAAGAAGAUAAGAUGCAACAUUUUCAUCUCCUUUUUAACUUCCUUGUGGCUCUCAAAUGGUAUGCUUCUUAAUUUUUAUUUACCUCGACUCGUAUAUUUCAUAGAAUGUCUAGUAGUGAAAUGAAAUCAUCAAUAUAAAAGCCAGAAUUGUAGAUCUUUGCUGCUGCAUGGUUUUAAAAUUUCUUUGUCAAAGUUUUGACAAGAUUAGUUGGUAGACAAAGCUGAUAUUAACAUAUAUUCUUUUACACAAGUUGUUUGCCUCGUCCAUGGGAGUCUUGGCCGCUACCGACGAUGGCGACGUGGGAAGGAUGGAGGUGUUCAUGCACACAAGUGUGGGCAGCGAUGAUGAGAGGAGUCAAAUUUGGUCCCGCCUCCGCUAGAGCCCAAAAAAAAAAGGCUCUUCCCUACAAGAAUUUCGUCUCUUCUCUUCUUCUCCUCCUCCCCGCCGCUUGAUCUCAUCAACCUAUCAUCUUCCGCUAUCUCUAAUUCCCUUCUCAACCAUUCUUUUACCUUUCAGAAAUGUCGAUGAGAACUGUCAAGGUCAGCAAUAUCUCAAAAGCUACUUCUGAGAGAGAUAUCAAAGAAUUCCUUUCAUUCUCUGGUCAAAUCCUUUAUGUUGAAAUGCAAAGAGAAACUGAAAAUACUCAGGUUGCUUAUGUUACAUACGAGGAUUCUCAAGGAGCAGAUACUGCAAUACUUUUGACUGGGGCAAAAAUUGGUGAUCUAUUUGUAUCAAUUACUCUGGUUGAGAAUUACCAUCUUCCACCAGAAGCAAUGUCAUCAAUCCUGGAUAAAAGGAAAACUGCUACCGGGAUUGCUCCGAAUCAGGCUGAAGAUGUUGUAAGUACAAUGCUUGCGAAAGGCUUCAUCUUGGGGAAGGAUGCUCUCAACAAGGCAAAAGCGUUCGACGAACGACUCCAAUUGACAUCAAACGCUUCUGCAACUGUUGCUUCCAUUGACCGGAAGAUGGGCAUAACUGAGAAAAUAACUGCAGGCACAGCAGUGGUGAAUGAAAAGGUCAGGGAGAUGGAUGAAAUGUUCCAGGUUACGGAGAAGACAAAAUCCGCUCUUGCAGUUGCCGAGCAGAAGGCAAGCAAUGCUGGAACCGCGCUCAUGAGCAACUAUUAUGUGUUAACUGGAGCAGCUUGGUUUUCAAAUGCUGUAACUGCAGUUACAAAAGCUGCCGAGGAAGUGACCCAGAUGACAAAGGCAAAAGUCGAGAAAGCCGAGGAGGAGAAAGAGGAAAGUAUAUACCACGAAAGAACCGGGAUCAUCAAUAACUUCGCCGAGUUCCAUCUCGACGAGCCUUUACCGGGGGAGCCUGCUAUUGUUCCAGUUAAUUCAGCUGAUAGAUAGACAGUAAGUUGUGAAUCAUACGUAUGAAAACCUACACUUGUGAAAUACAUUGCUUUCCCCAAUCAACUGUAUGAUAUAUACAUUUUCAUCUAGAGGUGCUCCAAUUACAGGGUUUACUUCUUUAUACACGCUCCUGUUGAAAUGUCAUGACGUUCUUUUGAGUGAAAAAUUCACUUUUUGAAUA